AUGGAACCAGUCGGAGCGGCUGCGAGCAUUAUCGCCGUGAUAGAACUAUCAGCCAAAGUCACUACAAUCCUGUUCCAGUAUUCCACCGCCGUCAAAAAUGCCAAGCCCGAGAUUGAGCGCCUUCGAGGCGAGCUGCACAGACUCGGGACGACGCUCCAAGGUGCGCAGCGGCUGCUGAACAGUCCACGUGGCGCCCAUCUCAAGACUUCCCAAGCUGUGAGCCUGAGCCUCGAUGAAUGCCGUUCGGAAUUGGCGAGCCUGGGAGACAGGUUGGAGGAGAAGCUCGGCUCAACGUCCUCGCGUACUAUGCGGAAGUUUGGUAUCCGGGCUUUGAAAUGGCCGUUCGAGAGUCGAGAGGUUGAUCGGCUUAUCGCGGGCUUCGAACGCCGGCGCGACACGUUGUUGGCGGCGCUUACCAUUGACCAAGUUGAACAGGUUCUCGAUGUUAGUCAGACUCUUGUACUUUCGAAACUCCCUGUAGUCGAGGACGCCAUCUUCGAUUCUCAAACGAACGAACAUGACCCGCGAUGCCAUUCGGAAACGCGAAUCGACCUCCUCCAAGAAAUCUAUAACUGGGUCGAUGAUCCAUCGGGAAAGAGCAUUUUCUGGCUGCAAGGAAUGGCAGGCACGGGCAAGUCGACCGUGUCCAGGACUGUUGCGCAGCACUUUGCGGACAGGAAGGCGCUCGUUGGCACUUUCUUCUUCAAGCGUGGCGAAGGGGAGCGGGCCAGCGCGGCCAGGUUCGUCACGACCAUCACUUCUCAACUCAUUGCAAUAUCCCCGGCCCUCGCAGUGAGCGUCAAGGCUGCGAUCGACGCAGAUCCGGCGAUCACUCGGAAGCCCAUGGGAGAUCAAUUUGAUCAGCUUAUCCUGAAACCCCUAAGUCUUCUGAAAUCUCGACCAGGCAAAUCAACCACGGUCCUGCUUGUCGUCGACGCUCUUGACGAGUGUGGACGGGAAGAGGAUAUUAGGCGACUUGUCUAUCAUAUGUCUCGCGGUGCUGGGUUAGACUCGGUACGCUGGAGGGCUUUUCUGACAGGCCGACCUGAGCAGGGUGUCAGGAUCGGGUUCGAUGCCAUUCGCGGCGAAUUCGAGGAAAGAGCCUUGCACCUGAUACCGGAGGACGUCAUCAUCCACGAUCUGACGGCAUUCUUCAUUACCGAGUUGCGAAAAAUCAGCGACGACUACAAUUGUCUCUGUCCUGGCGAUUCCCGAUUACCCCCUGACUGGCCCGGCGAGUCGGUGAUCCGGGGACUGGUCCAAACGGCAAUUCCUCUUUUCAUCUUUGCAGCCACAGUCUGUCGGUUUAUAGGAGACCGGGCAUGGGCUGACCCCAAGGCGCAACUCGAGAAGAUCCUGCAAUACCGGGCAGCUGCUCAGCUGCGUGAACUGGACAAGCUCGACGCUACAUACCUUCCGAUCCUCAGCCAACUGAACUCGACAAACAAGGCAGCCCAGCAAUCCCUGAAUGUCGAGUUCCGCCUCAUUGUAGGCUCGAUUGUGAUGCUAGCCGAGCCUCUUUCGGCGAACUCGCUCGCCAGUAUCCUUGCCGUAGACCCAGCAGUCAUUAAUCGAAGAUUGAUGUCCCUUCACUCUGUUCUAGGAGUGCCCGACUCUCCUACCCUUCCCAUCAAGAUGCUCCAUUUAUCUUUUCGCGACUUUCUUGUGGAUUCAGAUAAGCGUGAAACGAAUCCGCUCUGGAUAGAUGAGAAAGCAGCACAUCGCAACCUCGCAAAUGCGUGCUUCGACUUACUUUUUCCUGGCAAUAACUUAAAGAAGAACAUUUGCGGUCUCACCGUCCCCGGAAUGGCCCGUACAGACAUCCCAGACGCCGUCAUCACUACCUGCCUACCUCCGCACGCCCGUUACGCGUGCCUCUACUGGGUUCAUCAUCUCGAGCGAAGUGAUAUACAGUUAAACGACCAGCACAGAACGCUUGCCUUUCUGACGCAACACCUCCUCCACUGGUUAGAAGCUCUGAGCCUCCUAGGGUGUGUCUCGGACAGCAUUGCUAUGAUCCGGAGUCUCCAAAAUCUCGUCGCACCCAGGGAAAGUGCUAAGAUAGCUGCCUUCCUUCACGACGCAAAACGGUUCAUUUUGAGUUUCCGGUCAAUCAUCGCAUUGUCUCCACUGCAAGUUUACGUAUCUGCCCUCGCUUUUGCACCGAGGAGAAGUCUGGUGGCGCAGACAUUCAAGCCUUGCAUGCUUAAUUGGAUUACAGUCGCUCCUGGAAACGAAGUACUGGAGUGGACGGCUCUCCGUCAAACGUUGGAGGCUACUGGGGUGGUAGUCACGGCGCUCGUGCUCUCGCCUGAUGACAAGAUGUUCGCUUCUGUGAGUGUUGAUAUGAUUCAACUAUGGGACACUACAACCGGCGAGGAGAAGCUCAGGAGCAAGGUUGACGGUCCAAUCAGAGAUCUCGCUUUCUCACCAGACAAUAUAAUGAUCGUGGCAACCUCUGCACAGGGGAUAGUCACCUGCUUGGACGCGGCGACGGGCAAAGAGCUUCAAAGGUGGGAGCACCCGUCUGCAGUUGUUGCCUUCUCACCAGACUCGCAGAGGGUUGUCUGCGCCUCGCGUAACAGGCUCUGCCUUAGGAAUCCCUUAACAGGGCAGGAAGAGUUAUUGAAGAGUGGGCUCGGCCUCACUCCGGUAGAUGUGGCAUUCCUCCCGGAUGGAAAGAAACUGCUGGUAGCAUGGGUUGUUGAAAAGGAACCAUCCAUUACGGGACCAACCGUGUCAAUUUUAGACAUCAAUUCUGGUCAGGAGGAGCGGCUGGAGCUUGGACAAGUUAAAAUCGAUGAUUCUAGAAAACAUCCCCGCCCCAUGCUUACGCUCUCCACGAGCGGAACAGCUGUUGCUUGGGUUGGCCCGGAUGAGGAAAUCUUUCUCCGACACAUAGUUCCCGAUAAGAAACAGCAAAGACUCCGCGAUUCGCGUCCGUCGGCCUAUAAGUUGAUCUUUUCGCCUGACGGAAAGCUGUUUGCCUCUAUCGAUGUCAAUUUUGUCUCCAUCUGGGACGCAACAACAGGUCAAAAGGUACAAGACCUUGAUGGGCUGGGCUUUGAGAGAGUUCAAUGCGUUGCUCUUUCGUCAAACAGCGGAACUCUUGCACUGGGCUAUCGCAAUGAGAUUCAGAUCUGGGACUUGGAGAAACAACAAGCCGGCCAAAGUCAUGGAAUCGGUUCCAGUAUGUUGGUCAGAGCAGACCCACAGGACAUCAUUGCCGAUGCUGCUACUUACCAGGAGCGUGCCCACACGAACUUUUUCACAACAGUAAUCUUCUCUCCAGAUGGAAGAUACAUAGCUUCGGCCUCCCUUGAUCACCAGCAUUGUCUUUGGGACGCAAGGACAGGUACCAGGAUAUAUACAUUUAGUAACCCAGAUAAAUCCCUGUUCACAAACCUUGUGUUUGCAGCCAACGGAAAGUCAUUUGCCGCGUCGUUCGAUCGAACUGUCUUGGCCUCUAAUCCCGGAUCAGCCCAGGAACCACGCAAGUUUGAGCAUGACGGGGAGCGUUGGGUCAGCCGCAUUGCCUUAUCCCUGUGCGGUGGUUUUCUGGCCUCUGUAUCCAGAAAUAUUGUUCACCUUUGGGACAUGGCCAGCAGUCAGAAGAUACAUGAGUUCAGCCACACACAUGAGGUUGUGCGGGCAGUAUUCCCACCGAUUGCCGCCCACACCCUUGUAACUCUAGCUUCCAACACAAUCUACAUGUGGGAAGACGUAUCAUGCACGGAGGGCCGGACCAAGUGCACCACAAAAGACAUGCAAGGCGACGUCGAGGAAAUCGCAUUCUCAGCGGACGGCAAAGCAUUCGCAGCAAUAUCUAGAUAUCCGGAUGCAUCUGAAAGAUAUAUUGUCUCAGUCUGGACGAUCGAGAACAAUAAUCUGAAUGACGCGCAACUAUAUUUUCAAAGCGAGCCCGGCUCGUUCCGUGAUGUCGCGCUCUCGUCGGACGGCAAGACAGUCGCAUGUCGAGAUAGAAAACGGAAGCUUCAUAAGAUCUACUCGUGGGACGGGCUCCGUAGCCGAAUGGUUACGGUAAAGACCCCGCUGCUCUUGCAUUCCUCCACCAUUUCCUUUUCGCCAGACGCCCAGUUCUUGCAAACUGAUUACGGACGCGUUAGUAUUGAUGGUUCGGAACCCCAUAAAGAUCUUGGAUAUGCCUCAUUGACCGAGGAUUGGGUCAUGCAAGGCCGAAAUAGAGUCCUGUGGAUUCCUCCUGACUAUCGCGAGUUUAAGAGCGUCUGCCACGGAAAUUCGUUUGUUCUCUAUUAUUUCAAUGGCCGGAUGAUUUUUAUUAGGGUUCCCGAUGACCCUGAAGGCUGUUUAGCUUAG